GUAAUUUGUGACGCGGAACGAUAUUCUUUUUCGUAUGAUUGCCACUUUGCUCUACCUUUUAAUCCAUCUCAGACGCGCCGGCUACACGUUAAUAAAAGUCAUAAUGGCGGAAAACCGUGAAAGAACUUUCAUCAUGAUCAAACCCGACGGAGUCCAACGUGGACUUGUCGGCCAGAUCAUCGAGCGUUUUGAGAAGAAAGGAUUCAAAUUGGUUGGCCUGAAAUUUGUUUGGCCCUCAGAAGAAUUACUGCAAAAGCACUACAGUGACUUGGCGUCCAGGCCGUUCUUCCCUGGUCUAGUGAAGUACAUGAGCUCCGGACCGGUUGUUCCAAUGGUUUGGGAAGGCCUCAACGCCGUGAAGACCGGUCGUCAAAUGCUUGGUGCUACAAACCCAGCCGACUCUUUACCCGGCACAAUCCGUGGUGACCUCUGCAUCCAAGUUGGCCGCAACAUCAUCCACGGGUCUGACAGUGUGGAGUCUGCUAACAAGGAAAUCGCUCUGUGGUUCAGCGAAAAAGAAGUCGUCGGAUGGACACCAGCUGCCGAGAACUGGGUCUACGAGUAAAUUAUAACCUUUCCGUUAUAACCUUUCACCACGUGUAAUAGGUUAAUUAAUGUUCUUAAGUUAAUCCGUGAUAUAUGUAACAAUAAAUAUCUUAAUUUAA